CUGGUCCUGAAGCUGAUGAGGAUGAUGGCGGUGAUGGAGGAGCAACGCUGAGUUCGCUCUCCCAGUUUUCGCUCCCCCUUUUCCAUUCAUUAUUUUCUGACUAUAUAAAAAAAAAAGACAACAUAGCGUCAUAGAGGAGACACCACCGAUUUUACCGAAUACCUUUCUCCACCUCCCUCCCUCCCGUCUCCCGAGCCGAGACAGAGAUGGGGAACGAAGCGAGCAUGGAGGGCGGCGGGCAGCCCGGUGAGCCAGGAGCCGUCGGGAUGAUGGGGUCGGUGAUGCCCGGAGGACCCGCAACAGGACCGGGGGCAGGACAGCACGUGAAGCCGGUCAACGGAACCGCUACCGGUGGAGGGAUGGGGAUCGGAGGCCCCGGGAUAGGAAUGACAAGGGGUCCGAUGGGCAGCCCCAAGCCUGGCAUGCAACAAGGAGGCCAUGGAGGAGGAGGAAUGGGAGGAGUAGGUGGAGGUGGUAUGGGAGGAGGAGGAAUGGGAGGAAUAGGAGGAGGAGGUAUGGGAGGAGGAGGAAUGGGAGGAAUAGGGGGAGUAGGAAUGGGCGGAGGUGGAGGACUAGGGUCCAGAGCUGUCGAGCCCUACCGCCUGGCCACUCACGAGACUCCGACUUCCCCCCGACAUAUGCAGUCAAGCCAGGGGCCCGGCAUGGGGCAUGGCCCCGGGUCUGGCCAUGGGAUGGUUCACGGUCCAGCUGGGUCCAGCAUGGGAGGCCAUGCAGGUCAGCCAAGUCCUGGUCAGCAUGCCUCCCGUCGAAACCUCCAAGUCGACUUCAGCGGUUCGGGCGGCUCCAGGACAGGCCGGUCUCCCUCUGUGUCUCCUGACCGCGGCCUGACGCCCACCUCGCCCUACUCGGUGCCGCAGAUCGCACCAAUGCCGAGCAGCAAACUGUGCCCAGUGUGCACAAGCACAGAGCUGUCCAACCCACCGGCUGUACCCAACUACAACACCUGCACCCAGUGUAAGGCCACCGUCUGUAACCAGUGUGGAUUCAACCCCAACCCGCACCUCACUGAGGUCCAGGAGUGGCUGUGUCUGAAUUGUCAGAUGCAGAGAGCUCUUGGCAUUGAUAUGACCACGCCUCGCUCUAUGAGCCAACAGCAGAUUCACUCUCCGUCUCACCAAGCCAAACCAAUCGUCCAGCCUCAGCAGCCCGCACCUCAGCCAAUACAGCCGGCAGCAGCAGCACAGCCCAAACCUUUGGCACAGAGUCAGUCCACUCAACGGCAGCAGCAGCAGCAGCCACCUCAGUCUCAGCCUAAGUCUCAGCCCUACGGCCAGACUCAACCCUAUUCCCAGACCCAGCCACACUCCCAAACCCAGCCAUUCCCCCAGUCCCAGCCAUACUCCCAGUCCCAGCCAUACUCCCAGUCCCAGCAGUAUCCCCAGUCUCAGCCCCACUCAUACCCUGCAUCCAAGACAGGGCCCCAAACUCAGCCUCAUACCUCACCAGGCUUGCAGAGACACCCAGGCCCUGGCGGACCCCAGACUCAACCAGGGUCCUUUCAGCAAGGCAUGAGGUCUGACCAGUACUCCCAGAGAGGUCCCGGGGCUCCAGGAGCUGUUGGAGGUCCCGUAGGUGGCCCCAACCAGCCAGGGGGUCCACGGAUUCCCCACCCUGGUGCUGUGCCUCUCCCUGGCUUGACCAAGGCUCCGUCCCAGCCUGAUUUGGGUCGCGGUUCCCCGAUGCACCAGUCAAUGGCACGGCACCAUGACCAGACCAGAAGCGCCGGCUCCUCCCCAGCCCACAGACCUCAGAGUCAGGCUCCUCCUCCUGCCCAGGACGGCCUGACCAAACUGUUUGGUUUCGGAGCAUCGCUGCUCAAUCAGGCGAGUACCCUGAUCAAUGUUGACCCUCUAGCCACCACCUCCACCCAGCCAAGUCCUGCACGAGGCAAAGUGGUGUUUAGUAAUGCAACUACUGACAUCAAGCAGCAACAACAAGGGGCCCCUGGCACCAAACCAUUCAGUACGGGGGGCCCUCAUGCUCCAACUCAAAUGGGUGGCCCUCAUGCGCCGAGCCAAACGGGGGGCCCUCAUGCUCCAACUCAAAUGGGUGGCCCGUAUGCACCAAGCCAAAUAGGGGGUCCUAAUGCGCCAAGCCAAAUGGGGGGUCCUCAUGCAGUGAGCCAAAUGGGGGGUGCUCAUGUGCCGAGCCAAAUCGGAGGUCCUCAUAUGCAGAGCCAAAUGGGUGGUCCUUAUACGCAGAGCCAAAUGGGGGGUCCUCAUACGCCGAGCCAAAUGGGAGGUCCUCAUACACCUAGCCAAAUGGGUGGUCCCCAAAUGGGCGGUACCCAAAUAGGUGGUACUCAAAUGGGCGGUCCCCAGAUAGGCGGUUCACAAAUGGGCAGUCCACAAAUGGGUGGCCCACAUGCAACAACCCAGAAGCAGCCGACCAAGCCCCAUCAACAAGGAAUGGCGCAACAGCAGUCGCCUGUUCAUCAUCAAAAAGGGCAGCAAGGACAACAACAUCAGCAAACACCUGCUCAUCUGCAGAAAGUGCUGCAGAAGCAGGAGCCCAUGGCAGCCCCUGUGCCUGCUCCGGAGCCUGUGAAGCCUAAAGUGAACUGUCCUCUUUGUAAAACGGAACUGAACAUUGGCAGCUCCGACCCGCCCAACUACAACAGCUGUACGCAGUGUCACAGCCAAGUGUGUAACCUGUGUGGCUUCAACCCCACGCCGCAUCUGGUGGAGAAAAAGGAGUGGUUAUGUCUCAACUGCCAGACCCAGCGGCUGAUGUCCGGAGGCGGUCUCGACGAACCUCCACUUCCUGUUCCUCAUCCGUCUCCCAAGCACCAGCCAAUGGGCUCGCCCCGUCACCAGGCUCCAACCAGUCAGCAAAGCCCUAUCCACAAAUCCACCAAUCAGCAGGGGCCCAGGCCAGCCCAACCCCAGACGCAGAAAGCACAGGCGGGAACUGGUAGUAGCGGCCCUUUUGCGCCCACUGCUGCCAAACAACCGACUGACACCAAGACCACGACACCAGCUCCGGCACCAAUAUCAACCACAGAGACCCAGAAACAUCCUAAACCCACAGAGGAGAAACCCAAAACUGAGCCUGAGAACCAAACUGCCAAAGACACCAAACCUUCCCAGAAGAAAGGAGAGCAGAUCACACCGAUCAAGGAAAUCAAGAAGUCCAGGCACUAUGAUGACACAAAAAACAACAGCACCCAUGACUUGUCACGCAGCCCUCAAAGCCUCAGUGACACCGGCUACUCCUCUGAUGGCAUUUCCAGCUCCCACAGUGAAAUCACAGGUCUAAUCCAAGAAGAGGAGAUGAAGCUAAGUGAGAGGGGGAUCAGUGGGCGUGGCUCCCCACCAAGCCCUUCUGAAAUUACAAAGCUAGAAAGCUCCAUGAGACCUUUGCUGGAGAAGAGCCUUUCUGAAGAGAAGGUGGACAGAAGGGGAAGGAAGCACAGAGACUUGGAUGACAGAGGGAAGCAGCGGCCACGCUCCCUUUCAAUUCCACCAGAUGCAUACGACUCUGAUGAGGAACUAGAAGAUAUACUAGAGGAAGAAGAAGAUGGAGGAGACUGGGAGGGUAAACGGAAGGAAGGGAAGGAGGAGAAGAAUGGGAAGAAAAAGAAGGAAAAAGAGGCUGAGCCCACAGAGAUGACAGAUGAGGAGUUCAUGAGGAGACAAAUUAUGGAGAUGAGCGCUGAUGAAGAAAAUGAGGAGGAGGAAGAGAUGGAGGAAGAGGAAGAUGAGGAAGAUGAAGGAUAUGGCUACCAGAAACCCAAGAAAAGCCACCAUAAACACAUAAUCUCUGACUCAGGGAAAGAGAAAAGACGUCUUCAGCACCACUCCAGCAGUUUCGAGGAGGAAACUAAGAGCUCUACCGAUGUUUAUAAAGGCUCAUUGGAGGAGGGUGAAGAAGAUGUGAUGGCAUCACAAGGUGGCUUGAGGCGCUUCAAAACUAUUGAACUAAAUAACACCAAUAGCUACAACCGAGACAUGGAGCUGGGCAAUGAAAAUGACUUGAGCCUUGAUCGUGAACCAGAGCUAGAGAUGGAGAGCCUGACAGGAUCUCCCGAGGAGCGUUCUCGGGGUGACUACUCCUCCACUCUGCCAGCCACUUCAUCCUCAUAUGGCUCAGGCCAGUCUCCUACUUCCAUCUCAUCAAUGGAGGAGGACAGUGAUAGUAGCCCCAGCAGGAGGCAAAGGCUGGAAGAGGCCAAGCAGCAGAGGAAAGCACGCCACCGCUCCCAUGGCCCUCUCCUUCCCACCAUUGAAGACUCUUCAGAAGAGGACGAGCUGAGAGAGGAAGAAGAACUUCUGAGAGAGCAGGAGAAAAUGAGGGAGGUGGAACAACAGAGAAUAAGGAGCACAGCACGAAAGACCAAGAGGGAUAAGGAGGAGCUGAGGGCUCAGAGACGCAGAGAGAGGUCCAAGACACCACCUAGUAAUCUCUCACCCAUUGAGGAUGCUUCUCCUACAGAAGAGCUGAGACAAGCUGCAGAAAUGGAAGAGCUCCAUCGUUCUUCUGCUUCUGAAUAUUCCCCUCAGAGUCUGGACUCAGAGGCUGAGGGAUACGAGUCCAAACUUUACAAGUCAGGCAGUGAAUACAACUUGCCUACCUUUAUGUCUCUCUACUCACCAGUAGAGAAAUCAUCAACUACAACAACCACCACAGCACCAUCUUCAACUUCAAAACCGUUAAAGAGCGCUGAGGAGGUUUAUGAGGAGAUGAUGAGGAAGGCAGAGAUGCUUCAGAAACAACAGCAGCAACAGCAGCAACAUGGAAGACAUGGGCAGUACUACGAGGAGGAUGUUAAUGGUCAGGGUUAUGAUGACGAGUAUGAAUAUGAACAAGAUCAGGUAGGAUAUGACAAUGAGGCAGCAGAGACAGAAACAGAUAUUUAUGAGGAGAUCCGACAAACAUCUCAGAACAUCACCAAAAUGCAGCAGGCCACAGAUGAGCAAGUAGAGAUUGAGAUUGAAAGCUCCUACCCAGACAAACAGCUCCUAGACACAGGCUCAGCCUUUGCUAAGCUUCUGGAGCAAAGCAAUGCUCUACUUACUCCAGGGACCAGCCCCACCCAGAUCUCAGCUCCUGUCUCCUUUGCUGAGACUGGAGGACGGAUUCCUGAUGUCCGAGUGACACAGCACUUCUCUGCAAAGGAUGGACACAAAGACAGGAUCAAAACCCAAGCAGGAAAGAAUGGAAUAACUCCAGCAGUGGCUGCCACAACUAUUGCAGCUUAUGGUGUUUAUGCCAGAGAUGCAGUAACUAUUUCUCAGACUAGUUCAAGCCACACUAUGACGUCUACUCAGUCUGGUAUAUAUGGCCGGCACAUGGCAAGUCCUGCCACAUCUUCAGCUACAGUCUCAAGUGUAUGCAGCAAAAUUGCAGAGAUUACCCAGGCCUACAGUCAAAGAGAAGUGAUCACCAGAAGGGUAGGGGAGACCAGGGAUAUGCGAGACAGCUCAACAUCUUCCACUGAGAGAAUUAUUGAGCCACGUUCUCCCAAGUAUACUACUUAUUACAGGAGCACCAGUCCUCCUCUUUCUCCAUCACCACCACCACAGAGUCCAACCCGUUCACCUUCCAGGAGAAAUACAGCUGAGUUCUCUACACAGACUUUCAGUUCAGCAUUACGAAUGUCAGAGUCAGCUGGCUCUGGACCUACAUCACCAGUGACAGCUCAGGGAACCCAAACUUCACAUCAAUCAGUUUCCCCACGGCUCUAUCGUCAGCAGUCUUCCCAGGAUACCCCAUACUCCCCACCUCCAAGCCCAGCUAGGCCAAUGACAGUCAACACUGCUACUUCUCCCCUGUCUUCACCUACCCGAUUUAGCCGGCAAUCAACAUUUGACAAUUACUCCCCAUGUGGCAGCCCUCCAGACACGCCACCUUACCAACAGUCUCCUACACGUAGCUUCUAUCAAACACAAAGAGUUGAGAAAGUAAAUGUGGGAACAAGUAUGGUCACCACAGCCAGCACUUACACCAGAGGGUCCAUGUCAAUGGACAACAUCUCUCUCUGUCGAAUAUCUACUGUCCCAGGCACUUCUAGGGUAGAGCAGGGCCAUAUGAUUCAAGGUGGAAGUGUUGUGGACCUCAGAACAGCCACCAAACCAGCUCCUAUUAUCAUGACUGACCAGGGAAUGGAUCUUACCUCCUUGGCAAGUGAAAGCAGGAAAUACCAUGGUGGAUCAGAGGGUAGUAGACACUCAACAAUUGUGCAGCCAUUGAUUAUGAACCUGAACACCCAGGAGAUCACUACACCAACCACUGUGAGUGUCACUGUGGCUGCUUCCAUGUUCAUGACCCAGCCCAAACAGCCAGCAGUCUAUGGUGAUCCACAUCAAAACAGAGUAGAUCUGGGUCAGGGCAUGGGUUCGGCUGUGUGUCUUUCCCAGAACAAAGCACCAAUGUCACCUCCAACUGACCCAACAAUACCAAAAAUUGAUGCCAAACUGGAAGACCUCAGUAUCCAACAGAGAGAGCUACAAAUACAGCAAGAGAAGUUACAGAAGCAACAACAGCUCCUUGAACAGCAGUUGCAGCAACAUCAUCAGAUGCAACAUCAACAGCAACAGGCAUCUGCUUUGGCCAGGUACAGCCUUACUGGCCAGAUCUCACCUUUACUGAAAAAAGAUUUGCUAGUCAGUCAGAGUAGUGCUGCCUCAGCAGUGGUCAGUGCUAUAUCACCAGUCAUUAACCCUGAGCUGUAUGGCACUGGUCCCAUUGAGCUGAAAGGGAAGCCCAGUCCUCCUGGUGUGAUAUCAGGAGGUAAAUUACCACAUAGCAUGGUAGUACAGAUGGAUGGAGAGCCAGAGCAGGCCAGGGCAGUGACUCAGCUAAUGAAGGUGGAAGAAGGACAGGAUGCUAUGGAUCUGACAGGAGGCCAAAUUAAACCUGAUAACCAACCAGCUUGCUGUGAUGUUGUUUAUCGACUUCCAUUCGGUGGAAGCUGUGUUGGGGGUGAGAAAGAGGGCAUAAGGCCUCCAUCUGCCCCACCUCUCACCUAUGAGUCUGACCAAGAAAGACAACCUGGAGGGUACCAUGAAUAUCCAGUGGAUGAAGGCAAGGCCUACACAUUACCUUUCCCUGGUAGGCUUCAGCCUUCGAUGUCUGAUACAAACCUAGCUGAAGCAGGGCUUCAGUCCUACCAUUCUAAACUAGAACCACACAUCCAAGCCUCAGGAGAUCUUGCCGUAGAUCUAACUGCUAUGAAACAGGGUUAUGGAGGGUAUAUGGGGAUGCAGUAUGGCUCCUAUACAGAUUUACGGCAUGGAGGGGACAUCACAGCCCAAACACUGCCUAUAAGGAGAUAUAAUUCCUUGUCUAACAUCAGUUCAGACUAUGGCUACUCUGCUCGUGACAUUGCUAGCUUCCAAGAAGCUAACUUGGCUCAGUACAGUGCUACAACUGCCAGGGAGAUCAGCCGCAUGUGUGCAGCACUCAAUUCCAUAGAUCGAUAUGGAAGCAAUCCAGACUUGAUGCAGUUUGGUAGUUUGGGAAGAGGAACCGGGCCUGGGGCCUCCAGACUUGUAGCAGGUCUUGGCAUGAGACAAAACCUCCUAUUUGGACUAGAUGGGAAGCCAAUCUCCCAUAGUCAAGCACUAACCAACCUUAUCAAUGCCAGGCAGGCCAGUCUCAGAGCCAUGUACCCUGCUGCUAUUAGGUCUGCUGAUGGGAUGAUCUACUCCACCAUUCAGACCCCCAUCGCUUCUACACUUCCCAUCACAACUCAGCCUGCUUCUGUUCUUCGCCCACUACUGAGGGGGGUCUACAGGCCAUACCCGUCUGCCAACAUGACACCUGUGCCCCUAUCCAGUCUUAGCAGACUUCCAAUGAGCGCCAGAAUACCCUUAACUGGACAAGCUCCAGUCCGUUACCCAGCACCAGGUCUUCUCCAAACAACGUCAACCACUACCACUACUGCUGGUGCUGCAACAACUUCAGCACCAGUAGGUGCCCCAAUGUCUGUUUCCAUGACACCUACUAGUUCUACAGUCCAGGAUGAACCAGUUUAUCUUGGUAAAGGUGCAUCCUCAUCAACAGAGGUCACCCCAGUACAAGGAACAGUCAUACCAAUGGACCCACAGCAGCAGCCAAUAAACCUGUCCCAGGCCCACCUGAACAGUCAACAGCAACAGCAACAGCAACAUCAACAGCAACAGCAACAAUUGGCAACUGCUCAGCAGCCCCAACAGCCUCCUCCAGCAGCCCAUGCCUACCCACCAUCAGCUUCUUCACACACUCAUGGCUACACCCAACCUCCAGUCGGCCCAUCUGGCCCCACUAGUGGCUUACCCAUUCCAGGAGGACUUCCUCCCUUCCCUCCACCAGGUGCCAUACACAAGGAAGGUGAAACUGAGGCAGACAGGCUGCAUCGGCAGCAGGAGCAACUUCUGCAGAUGGAGAGGGAGCGUGUGGAGCUGGAGAAACUCCGGCAACUGCGCCUACAAGAGGAGCUCGAACGAGAAAGGAUAGAGCUGAAGCUGCACAGGGAGAAGGAGCAGAUGCUGGUGCAGAGAGAGUUGCAUGAGCUGCAGAACAUCAAGGAACAGAACAAGCAGUUGAAAAUCUUUCAAGUUAACUCGGUUAAACAGGUUCUACAGCAGCAGCAACAAGAACGCGAGAAACAACUUGUUCUCCAGAGGGAGCAGUUGGCCCAGCAGAAGUCCCAGCUAGACCAAAUCCAGUCUUUACAGAAUCAGCUCCAGCAGCAGCUUGUAGAGCAGAAAAGACAGAAAACAGCUGCAGCUCAGAUGGGCUCCCGUUCUCUCCCCAACUCCUCGUCAGAGAUGUGCUUGAGGAGCCAGCAGGAACACAUGGAGACCAGGAGCAACAUGAGGAAACACAGCUCAAUGACUAGGCUGAGCAGGGACAGCUUGGAUGGAGACGGCGUGGUGUUUUACGGCUCCCCUCGCAGGAUCGUGGACAGUUGUGUGCAGACGGACGAUGAAGACAGAGAGGAGAGGUACAUGAUGCGUCAUCGCACUAGAAGGCGUGGUCGUAGUGUUGACUGCUCCGUCCAGACGGAUGACGACGAGGACAAGGCUGAGACUGAGCAGCCGGUCCGCCGAAGACGUUCCCGUUUCUCCCGGCACACUGAGUCCAGCAGCACUGCCACCACGUCCACCACAACCACUGACACCAAGAGCGACACUCCCAAGAUGGUGUCCUCCAGUAUCGCCAUUCAGACCAUUAGGGAAAUGUCUUGCCAGACGGAAGUGGAGCACCUAGGAAGAGUUUCCCCGGCAAUCCAUGUGACAGUACCAGACCCAAAUAAAGUAGAGAUUGUGCACUACAUCUCCGGGCCUGAGCGGACCCAAAAAGGACAGUCUCUAGCAUGCCAGACUGACCAGGAAGCCCAGUCACAGGGUGUUGUAGCUCCCCAGCUCAGUGUACCAACCACAGUCAGUCCAUAUUCUUCUUCUACCAGUACCGGUACACAACAAUCUGGUUCUGUCGACCACCUGACGCAGCAGCGCCAGCAGCAGCACAUUGCAGCAAACGCAGCCAAGUUUGAGCGACGCCGCCCCGACCCACUUGACAUCAACUACCAGCCUCAUAACCACCUCCACAAUGAGUCCAUCUCCAGCAUUAUCCGGCAGCAGCAGACCCCAAAAUCCCCACAAGUCCUCUACUCCCCUGUCUCCCCGAUGUCCCCUCACCGCCUGCUGGAAACAUCUCUUUCCAGUGAGAGGCUGAACAAGGCCCAUGUCACACCUCAGCAGAAGUCCUACACAGCCGAGUCCCCCCAGAGACACCCCUCUAUGCCCCGACCCAUCAAGAGCACCCAGAGGUCCAUGUCAGACCCCAAGCCCCUCAGCCCCACCACAGACGAGCACACCAAGGCCAGGCUGUCCCUCUACCAACAACAAGCACUCCAGAGCCAGCUGGCAGCCCUACAGCAGAGCUCACUGCUCCGUAAGGUGAAGCGAACCCUGCCCAGCCCUCCUCCGGAGGAGACUACCACAUCAGGUCACCUGCCCAUGAUGGCACCUGCCCUCCAACAGGUCUACCUGCCCUCCGUGCCCAGCCUCAAGCCCAGCUCCAGGUCUGGCCUUGCUGCCAAAGCCAGCCUCCUCAAAGACCUCACCCACGAGCUGAAGGCCGUGGAGCAAGAGUCGACCAAGCUAAGAAAGCAGCAAGCUGAACUGGAAGAGGAAGAGAAAGAAAUUGAUGCUAAACUGAGAUACCUAGAGCUGGGGAUCCACCAAAGGAAAGAGACACUGGUCAAGGAGAGGGAGAGGAGGGAUAUUGCCUACCUGAGGUGUAUGGGGGACACUAGGGACUACAUGUCUGACAGUGAGUUGAAUAACCUACGUUUAGCAGCUGCAGCUGCAUCACAUGAGACCAAUGGGCUACUGUCAACGAGGCCUAGCACCGCCCCUAUGAGUCAGUUCACCAGCGACCUAAACACAGCAGCCCAAUACCCACCCGCCUCAUCCUUCCUCUCCUGUCAGUACCCCCAGAGCCAACCGGCAGCACCAAUUCAGCAAUCAAGUGUGCAGUACCAGUCUUCGACAUUUAACCAGCCUCCCUAUCCAACAGUGUCUCAGUCCCAGGCACUGCCACAGCCCACGCCCCUGCAGAGCCAUGUCCACCCUCCCGGACCUUCUUACCAGUCUCAAAACUCCUACCCUUCCCACACCUAUCCCCAGACUCAGCCCCCAUACCCCCAGACAGACAUGGGGUUAACAGCUGUACCUCAGCCUCAACCCCAGUCGGGGCAUACAGGUUUCGGGCCAGCACCACCUGGUCAGCCCCCAUACCCCACCCACAGCUCACCCUAUCCCAGCGCUGUGUCCUCCUACCCUAGCCAGACCCCCCCAUACCCUGGGCAACCCCAAGCUGAUAUCCUGACAGUCCACCCGGGACGACCAAGGCAGACUUCACUGGCCGAUCUGGAGCACAAGAUGCCCACUAAUUACGAGACGAUCAGCAACCCCACAGUUGUGGUCACCACCACGGCCCAGGAUGCUUCCUAUUCCAGUGCAGCCCCCUCUUAUGGUCAGUACACUGGAUCAACAACUAUGGCCAGCUCCUAUGGGCCAUAUGGCUCAGCACCAGUGUCCAGCAGCUACGGUGGGUACUCUACUAUGCCACCUAGCACUUAUGGCCAUUAUACUUCAACAGCAGCUAAUUCAUAUGGCCAGUACACCACAACCACUGCCAAUACUUAUGGCUACACCACAACCACAGCCAGCUCUUACGGACAGUACACUUCUACAGUCUCCAAUGCCUAUGGGCACUCUGUAGACAGUCCCUCCACAUAUAGCUCUGCAGAUGGGAUGUAUGGGGCCCCUGGCUUAGAGCAGAACAUCCCAAGGAACUACAUGAUGAUUGAUGAUGUAAGCGAGCUGACGGCAAAAGACGGGCUGGGCACGUCGACAGGGGACAUGAUGCAUCAUGGCGGCGGUGGGCGUUACCCGGGCGACAUCCACGGCCACAGCAGCACCAUUGGCAGCACAACGCGUGGGGGAACUGGCAGCUCCUCGUACGGCAGGGCACCUGAAGAGGAAGCAGCGAUGCAGGAAGAGCUGUACGACCACCACGGCAGGGGUAAGAGCAGCUACAGGCACGGACCUCUAGGGGGCAGCAGCAGCAGCGUGAGCGCUAGCAUGGGUGGGGGAUCCUCCUAUUACUAUGACUACGACUACAAACAUGGCAGCAUUCGCCCUGGGGUACAGAAACCUUCGUUGUCCUCCAGAAGUCUUCUGGCUCCUGCUGUCAUGUCCUCCAAGCGCAGCAAGCACAGAAAACUGGGGAGUAUGGAGCAAAAAAUCUCCAAGUUUUCCCCAAUUGAGGAGGCUCGGGAUGUGGAGGCAGACCUGGCCUCCUAUUCCUCAGCAACAGUUGGGGCUUACCCCUCCUCUCACAUUCGAGGGCGCAAGCUGAUUGAGGAUUACGGCUUCAAGAGGAAUACUUACGAGGCGGGCACCACUCAUGGUAGUCGAUACUAUGGUUCAACGGUGGAGGAGGAUGAUCGGAUUUACUACACCUCCAACGGCCGCUCCCGUUCUACCGGCUACGGCAUGGACAAGAUCUCAGCCAGAGACUACUCUGGGUAUCGCAGCCGAUCCUAUGAGAGGGACGACCGCUCCUACCGAUCUGGCUUCAGCCGGGGGCGCCACCCAACCCGGCAGUACUCUGAAGAGGAGAGCCCACUCAGUCCCCUGGGGAGGUUAAUGGGUUCUGGGCGAUCAUCAAGCUUAGGCCCUGACCCAUACGACAGGCGCAGCAGUAGAUAUCAAUACUAUUAUGGCCAGUAUGGUUCCAGCCACUCGCUGCCAGACGUACAAGACCACAUACGGGACCUUCCCCGGACGCAUGUCUACAAAUCGGAUGAUACAUACAUUAUAGACGAUUAUCAUUGCGCUGUGUCAGACAGCGAAGCCUACCAUCUGGGCCAAGAAGAAACUGACUGGUUUGAGAAGCCACGCGCCAGUUCUCGACACUACGGCAGCAGCCACUCAUCUGGGAGGAGCCGUCACGGUGUCAAACACACCUACCACGAUUACGAUGAGCCUCCUGAAGAGGACCUAUGGCCUCAGGAUGAGUACGGCCACGGGGGGCGACACUCAACUUCAACCCGUGAUCACAGGCAGCAUGGCAGCUCUAGCCGACACUCAUCCGCAUCACGUCAUUCAGAUGAGCAGAGGUCCUCAAGGUCAUCUAAGGGGCACCCCAAAGACCCAUCAAUGCGCCAAGACCCUUCAGCACGAUCCUCAUCUUCAGGAAGGCGUGGCGAGUCAAGGUCUGGAGGGUACCACUCUUCAGACUACUCCCGAGAUCCGUCUGCGCAUCACCACGGACAGCGCUCCUCCAGACAGGGGGACCCGCACCGCUCCUCUCGCAGCAAGUCCCAGCCGCCACUGGACAUGCAGGGCCAACCAGGCUCCUCCAGGUCUGGCAGCAGCUCUGCCCGGGCUCAGGGCCCCUCUGGCGGGCCUACUGGGUCAGGGCGACAGGGUGGUCCAGGUUCCCAGACAGAUGGAGCUCCAGGACAGAGGACCCAGCUCCAACAACAAGCCCAGACAUCAGCAGCCAGGCCAGGGCAGCCUGGUGUCGCAGCAACCACCGGCCCUCAGCAGCAGCCCCCAACCCAGGGACAAGGCAUGGGAAUGGGCAUGGGCAUGGGCAUGGGCAUGGGCAUGGGGCAGGGCCAGGCCAAGCCAGGGCAGAUGGGACCAGUGGGUGGACCCAUGGGGCAGGCCAGGCAGACAGGUCCCACAGGUACCACAGCACCCACCAUGGCCAAAAUCGACACGCCUCCUGUAACAGCUAUUGGAGCAAAGGCAGCGCCUGUCAUGGCCACAAAAGCCGCACAGCCCCCACUUACAGGCAUAGGCUCCAAGGCAGUUCCUAGGCCAGGAGGUAUUGGCAGUGCAGCAGCAGGUCAGCCUGGCAUGGAGGGAGAAGGGAUGUUGUCCAAGAUCCUCCCUGGAUCUGCUGCUGAGCAAGCCGGAAAACUGGGAGAAGCUAUCACCGGUUUUGGCAAGAAGUUCACCUCUUUAUUCUGAGGUGCUAAGAUUAAGGACUAUGUAAAUGUCGAAUGACAGAGUCACGAGGCCCCGUACCAGAAAAACCUGUGAAAUUCCCCCUGCUUUUCUUUUACUAAGAAAGAGAGGAAGGAGAGAGAGAGAGAGAGAGAGAGAGAGAGAGAGAGGGGAACAGAGAGGAGAGCUGAGCAUACUGCCAACAAGGACUGGAAUCCUCUGGACACUUCAUGUCUCAGGCCUGAGCACACACUGGCAGAGAGAACAUGCUGCUUUCUCUGGCAGGCCAGACAAUCAUGCCAAGCCAACACCCGUGUUUAGAAGGACUACCCUCUAUCCAGUGUCCCUAGCCAAAGAAUUGGUCUCCACCAAACUACCACAGAGUCCUAGAACCAACCUGUAGCAAUUAGACACAUCUCCGCUCCUUCAUCACAAAAGAGCAACUGGCAGCCAAACAUGACAGCAAAAUUCAAGAAGUUUUUUUUUGGUUUUGCUGCUCUUCCUCCAUGCCAGUAGAGGGAGCCUACUUGCAUCACUGGAGAUCUACACAACCGUUGAGGAUGAGUAGAACCAAUGGAAGCCAUGUACCACCUCAGCCCUCCAUGUGGAUUUUACACUGCAGCUUCAAUGGAAGGAAAUAAAAGGGAGGUGCAAUUCUACUUCUCUAUGCUGAUGACUUCACCAUUUAUAUGAGAGCUGCUUCUUCCUGCUUACAGGACAUGGUAGCUUUACCACAGGCAUGGUGGCAUGCUAGGAUCCUUGGUUUCACAGUCCUGUGCUCAAACUAGGAAUAACAGAAACAAACCAGCCUCUCUCCUCUUUUCUAUCUCUUCUCUUAGUAAAACAAGAGUGGAGAAAAUAAACUUAUAAAACUUGCUGAGGUACUGCAGGUUUUUCUGGUACUAAAGACCUCUUGUUAAUCACCUGGUGGGAAGGAAAUUAAUUUAAAUGUCACGUUGAAUGAAUAAGACAAUGCUAACGACAUAGCUGACACAGAGAACCAGUGUGUCGGCUAGCGUUUCUUUCCACGUUUUGUUUCUAUCUACAUUCCAGAUUGGAACUAUUGAAACCUUUUGCUCCCCCUCUUCCUCACCUCUCCGCGUUUCUUGAAUGCUGAUUCUUUAUUUGUAAUCCCCGCCCCACGAUCCUCAACUUGCCAUGUCUUUCAAGAAGUGUAGUGGAUUAUAAAAAAAGUAGGAAUUUGGAAUGCAUGGAACUUUAUAUCCAAGACCUUACACUGUUCAUCAUUACUUAACAGAGGCCAUAAAGACACUGGGAAACACAUCUUAGCUAGAUGACGUAAACAAUAACAAAGAAGAGAGAUUUCCGGAGCAACUCACAGGAAUCGGGCCACGGGAAUAGGAGGAGCCUUUUGUUUUUUUUAAGUAAAAAAAAAUAAAUUUGAUUGGUAUUUUGAGUGAAGCCGUAUGUGGUCGGGUUGUUUUUCAGCCAUUGCAAAGCCAUUAAGACAACAUUUACCUGCAGUGCUUGUGGUGAUGGCGUUUCUCCAACUGCUCCACAACAUUUGGCUCUUGGCUGUGUCUCAUGUUGUUGUUGGUGGUUAUCAUUUCUUGUGUUCUCUUCAUUUUUUUAUAAUUUAGUUUUGUUUAUUGCCUGGUUUUUAUGUUGCAGGUUACCAAUUUUGCCUUAAUCAUUCUUAAAUAUUUUAUUUUAAAGUAAAACUGGGAUCUUUUUUUAUUACACCCUGUAAACACAUUUAAAUCAUACCCUUUUUUAUGUAGUAAUAUCAGCUGGACCACUGGCCACAGUGAGAUUAAUUUCUAUUUUUUAAAUUAACUUUGUUUUUGAUAAUUGUUUGUGAUAUUAAUUUUAUUUUAUUUAUGUUUUGUAUAGUUUUGUUACCUUCAUCAUGCCCUCCGUCAAUUGUUUGACUCUUAUUUAUUAUUAAUACUUUUAGAGGUAAGAAAGUAAAGAGCACAAUCUUGUGUCAUUUAAAAAGUUGGUGAAAUAGAAACAUGUUGCCUCCGUCUGUCUUACUUACCACUGAUGUACUGCUCAAGUCUGACUUAAACGUACCACCAAACGUACUACUGCUGUACUAAUACAUCAGAGAGCAGGAGCUCAACUAUAAACAACAGUUUGGUACCACCCAGAUCUUCUCCUCCAACCAACAGUGAGACAUCAUGUCUUCAGUCAGCCACUCGGUGGAUCAAAGUGAUACGCUGCUUGUAUUAGCCAGCUGGAGUCUGAUCUGAAAGCACUGCAGGGCAGCAGAGAGGCACUGAAAAGCAGACCAGUCACACGUCGCGGCAGAACUGGACUUGACAUCGUCACCUGCGGGGGUUCGGGUUUCAAUGUGAUUCUUCUGACCCUCCAAGAUGGAUGUUUAUUGGGAGCCCCACCAAGCUCCUUACACAUCAGUGUGUAUCCGCAUGUGUCUUCACUCCGUCAAAUGUGCACAGCACACGUGAAAGCACACUCAAAAAUGGUGUCAAACGAAAGGGAGAAAAAAAUUCGCACUCAUGUGACUGAGGAACCAAAAGUAACACACUUGGUUGUGUCACAAAGUCACUUGCCUUUAUUUUUUAUUUUCUAUCACGGUGGCGUCCAGACCUGUAACCCAACCCCCGAAAACCUCUCUCUCAGACUGUCAGUUGUCAUGGAAACUUCUCAGGUCAGUGUUCUCCCUGCUGUUGCUCCUGCAGUGCAUUGUGGAAUCUGCGGUUCGGUACUCAAACCCACUCUGUCGGGCCAAACAUUGCGAGGCCUUCAGCAAAGCCAACGAACCAACCAACUUCUGCUGUAUAUUGUCUGUGUGAACGCUCGCUGGGAACCUUCGCAUGCCGCCCGGCGCAGAAAACCUUAAAGUCACCUCUAUAUUGUUCUGUUCCUAAUGUUUGUAUGUAUGUGUGGGGGUCUGUAUGCGUGUAUUUAACAACUAUCAUCCAAUGUGGAAAAAGAAAAGAAAACAAGACAAACACGAGUUCAACCACAACAAAUAUGGUGGGCAGAAGAGGCAACCUCUCAUCUCCAGUCCUUCUAUGCAAUGAAUCAUAUUUGGAAAAAUAGAAACAUGAGGAGGAAAAGGGAAGUGAAAAUACACGAAUGGGUCAAGUAAUUAAAAAAAAAAGUCACAAUCAUGUAUUACACCUUGGUUAUUCUAAUAUCAAGUUUGCUUUGUUUUGGCAUCCCACAUAGAUCAAAAUAAGGACAUUCUGUGAAUUUGUGUGUUUGUAUAAUAUAGGUCACCAGUAAGCUAGGAAAUAGCAAGAAGGGUAUUUGUAUUACUUGUGUUAACCUGGCACAUGGUUCAGGGUCCCCUGUCCUCCGCCACUGGGAGUCUCUGCCAAAGAGUCUCUCUAUAAAGAUGUUUUUAUGACAGCUGGGAAAUGGCAAUCAGAGCUGAGAGGAUGAGUAAGGAAACGGCAGUGGUCCUGCCACAUAUCCACCACUGUUUUUUAAAUGUUUCAUGGAGUAGAAAUUUGCCAUAAAAAUAUAAUUCAACAAGAAAAUGUCAAUGGUCAAUUAGUAAUCAGUCUAUGUUGUGAAAACUGCAUAAAAAUAAACCUAAAAUGUUCAUGAGCAAAAACAAAAGUCUCACAAAAGAUGCUACACUAUAAAUAGUCAAUUUGCUGUUCUAUUAGAUAAGUAUUUCCCAGAAAAACAAGGAAAUAAAAUGCAUUUUAAAUGGGUUAGAGGAAGCACUGAAAGAUCCCAGCUGUCAUGAAAGCAUCUGCUGUCGGCCAUCAUUUUUUGUUUUGCUUCAAGCAGGGGUUAACAGACUAUACAGAAAAGUUGUCCAGAGAUUUAUAUAAAAAUAGACUACAUAUAUACAUUAUAAUUUUUUUUUGGUUUAGAUGACGAAGGCCCAAAACUCGGUUACCUGAAUGUGCACUUGUUGUUGUUUUGCAGAGAGAGAAGUAUUUAAAGAAUAUCUAAGUGAAACACAAAGCCAGUUCAAACACAAAUAUUUAUAUGCAUAUUAUUGAUAAUAAUAUAUAAAUUAUAGAUUAUAUUUGAUUAAAAAUACUGCUGUAGGCUACUAGUGAAGUACUAUUCAAGGUAUUCCUAAAUUUAAUUAACUGGUGUGAGAGCGAGUUUGUAUGUGUGUUUAAAGGUGCACAGUAGGCCUAACUCCUUUACAACUCCUUCACUUUACUUCAAGUCACUGAAACUGUGUAAAAGAAGUCAGUAUAUAUUUUUUGUGAAACAUUUAUAAAAUGAUUUAUCUAUGUAAGAAUUUAUUUUAUCAUAGUGAGAGGGGAUAGAAAGCUGUCUGGGAGCGAAGAAAUAAGAGAGAUUUAGGUUUGAAAUCUAUAGACAGAGUGAGAAAUUAUGUUUAUACAGAUGUUAUCUAUCGCUGGAUUUAUGCACGACCACAAUAAUCAAUUGUUAAAAAUGUACUUUUCUGGUAAUGUGCUGUCAAUUGAUUUGUUGUUUUAAUAUACUUCCAUAGGUUUCCCUUUCUCUAUUUUAUGUACAAGAUUACAGGUCAUCAUGGUUGUUGCUUUUUUUUGGGUCUUCGUAGAGUUAAAUUCAGCUGUGUGAUUAUUCUGGUUCGGUUUGGAUCUGGCCGUGGCCCUGACAAACCGCACCGAGCCUGGAGAGAUCACUUCCCAGGUACACUGCCACCAGAUCAGUGACUUAAAAUUAGUGUCAAAGUAGAACAAAUAAUAUGAGAGAGAGAGUUUGAAGUUAUACCCAAAUUAAUACUAACUUCCUCUAUUGUAUGUCAUAUGUUUUUGGAAGUUUGUAAAAAAUUUAAAUGUUCAAUAAAAUGUUCCUCAAUCACUUUUGCCUCAGGAAAGCACACACUAAAUGCAGCAUCGCAACUGAGAUGAUCAAUAGACAAUAGAAAAUAAUGGGUGCAUUUAUGCAGGCGCAAUAAAUUUCCAUCACUUUACGACACAGAUGUGAUCUUCCCAUGACUGCUGUUAACAAGAGGGAUUCAGCAAUCACCAUGAAGACAUAAAUAACAAGAUCUGUGUCAAAAUGUCUAUAAAAAAAAAAAAAAAGUCAAAUUUGUUGCUCCUGUGUGAAAACAGCCACCGAAGGUGACUUAAAUAUGCAUAGCAGCAAGGGCUUUUAUACUGAAAUACUGGUCACUGAAGAAAGCCAUCCUGUUACUGCCCUCUAGCCAGUCGUGGUCUCUGUCUAUA